AUGGAUACAAAUACAAAGCAGUAUGGGGAAAGUCUGCAAGUGACGAUCUAUCUGCAAAGCAGUAAAAGAAAGUCUGCAGUUGAGGAUUUAUCUGCAAAGCAGUAUGAAGAAAAUCUAGAGUCUUUGUUCAUUCUUUUGUUUUUUCUUCAUUCUUCUCUUUUUUCUGUUCAUUCUUUCUUUUGUUUGUCCUUCUCUUUAUUUCUGUCUCCUCACUUCACCUUUCUUUCUUUUUGCUCUAUUCUUUCUUCCUUUAUUUUUUUUUAUUUUAUAAUUUUACUUUCAUUUAUUAAUGCUUUUAUUCAUCAUCCCUUAUUUCCUUCCUUUCUUAAUUUUCAUUCUUGUAGGGAAUUAUUUCACUCUUUUCUUUUUCCAUCUAUAUUAAAUUUCUUUAUUUUUGUUUUUCUUCUUUGCAUCAUUCUCUCGUUCUCCCGUUGCGUUCCUGCCAGUCUUUCAUGCACUCGCAGACACCAAUUAAAAGGAACCGAUUGA